AUGCGCAUCAUCGCCGUGCACGGCCUGAACCCCCGAUCUAAGAACGAUGCCGAUCACGCGUGGGACACUUGGCGAACCCCGUCAGGGCCUACAGGACGCCUCUGGCUCCGUGACGACCUUCCCAAGUACGUUCCCGAUUCGAGGAUCUUUAUCUACCAGUACAAUGCCACCGCCGUGUACGGGAAGGAUCGAAGCACCUUCAUCGACAAAGCCAACGACCUCCGGCUGGAGCGGGAAGAUGUUGAAUCUCGACCGAUACUCUUUUUGGGACAUAGCAUGGGCGGGCUGUUGAUCAAGCAGGCACUCAUCAACGCACACAACAACCCCAAAUACACACCUAUUAAAAACGCCACCAGGGGGUUGGCAUUCUUCGCAACACCCCAUCACGGCGACUGGAAGCUGGUGAGUCUUGGAAGUCUGGCUGCCAACAUCGCUACGGCGACAGGCUUCCAGAAAGGCGAUGAUGUUUUGGAGACAUUGAAGCAGGGGAGCAUUUUCUCAGAUAUUAUGAACGAGCACUGGAGGCAUCAGCUCUUGCAGUACGACAUCGCAUCCUUCUGGGGAGGCUUUGAUAACGUUGUCCCAAGGGAGAGCGCUCAGCUAAACAUGCCAGGCGAUCACGAGAAUGUCGUCAAACUGGAUGCCAACCACAGCAUGGUGUGUGAGUUUGGUGGAGCUGAAUCAGACCAAGACAACCUAAAGCGAGUACGAAGCAACAUCAGGGACAUGUACAAGAAAGCACUGAAGCAGAGUGAGUUGACGGCCAUUUCCACACCUGUUCCCUCUGAAUCCAACGCCGACAGCGAACUACGGGCGCGCCUAGAUGCAUUGCGGAGCAAUGCAAAUGACCCAGCUGCUACCUCAUUUGCACUUGCCCCUAGCAUAUCGGAAGUCAGCGGCGUGAAUCGCUUCGUGGCCAGAGGCGUUGAACUCAGAUGCUUGCAUGAGGCAUUAGAGUGGACUGGCGAACGUCGCACCGCCGUCCUACAUGGCCCGGGUGGUGUGGGAAAGACCCAGUUAGCUAUAGCCUACACCAAGCAGCAUCGCACCGACUACUCAGCUGCAAUUUGGAUCAACGCGAAAGACGAGACGUCGCUGAAGCAGAGUUUCUACCGAGCGGCUCAGCGAAUUUUACGCCAACAUCAGUCCGUAGUGUAUAUCAAAAGCGCCAUGGCAAAUAAGGACCUUGAUGAGACAUUAGAGGCAGUCAAAUUGUGGUUGAACGAACCCAAGAACGACCGUUGGCUUGUCGUCUAUGACAAUUAUGAUGACGUUAGGUCUGAUCGUCGUCACGGAAUCGCAAGCAGUGCGAGACCAGGAACAGCAGAUGGCGGGUCUGAUCCAGGCAAGACGCUCUCCGGCUCAGCCGUCUCAAAGGCGUACGAUAUUCGAUCUUACCUCCCUGAGACCGACCAUGGUGCCGUCAUCACCACCACCCGAACUGCAACGGUGAAACUCGGCAAACAUAUUCCGCUAGGCAAGCUGAGGGAUGUCAACGAUAGCUUAGCGAUACUUACAUCAACAUCUGAACGUGACAAUCUUGUUGAAGGCAAGCGGCUUAGAUGA